UUAGGGGGGGACAGAGCGAAGAGAAAAGUGAAGGGCUUAGGCAGGUCUUUCAGGAUCUUCAAAGCGUUGUGAGCAGAGAAAAGAAUCUGCAUCUGUAAUACGUACGCCAUCCAACUUCCACGCAGUUGGUCUCCGGUCUCCAGAUACUCAAAGCAGUCCUAAGACGAAGAACAAAUGGGACUUUCCCUGCUCUUAAAAUUUCCCGCUUCCUUGCCUCUGCAGGAAGAGGCGGACACUGCCAGUCAGCUUUGGUGUUGCCAUAACAACCUUCCUGGGCCCAGACUCACAACUCUAGCGGCCGGCUGAAAGUGAAACCCCAGGCUGCUGUUACAGCACCCCCCAACACCACAGACACAGCCAGCAUGCCGGUCACCAAGUGUCCAAGAAAAUCAGAGCCGCUGUGGAAAGGAUGGGACCGGAAAGCCCAGAAGAAUGGACUGAGACACCAAGUGUUUGCUGUGAACGGAGAUCACUACGUGGGAGAAUGGAAGGGCAACUUGAAACACGGGAAAGGAACACAGGUCUGGAAGCGGAAUGGCGCUGUCUAUGAAGGGGACUGGAAGUUUGGGAAGCGAGAUGGUUAUGGCAUCCUCAGUCAUCCUGAUCCAGAGACUGGAAAGCUCAGGAGAGUGUAUUCAGGCUGGUGGAAAGGCGAUAAGAAAUCGGGCUAUGGGAUCCAGUUUUUCGGACCCAAGGAGUAUUACGAGGGUGAGUGGUGUAGCAACCAACGCAGCGGGUGGGGACGCAUGUACUACAACAACGGCGACAUCUACGAGGGCCACUGGCAGAACGACAAGCCUGACGGGGAGGGCAUGUUGCGCCUGAAGAACGGGAACCGGUAUGAGGGCAGCUGGGAGAGAGGCAUGAAGAACGGACAUGGGCGUUUCUUUCACCUGGACCAUGGUCAGCUGUUUGAAGGCUUCUGGGUGGACAACGUGGCCAAGUGUGGCACCAUGAUCGACUUUGGCCGUGAUGAGGCCCCUGAACCCACCCAGUUCCCCAUUCCUAAGGUGGAGCUUCUAGACCCAGAUGGUGUGCUGAAAGAAGCUAUGGAUAAACUGGUGAAGCCUGAGGAAGAAGAGGACUGAGGUGAGGUGAGAAGGCACAGCUGUCUGUCAUCUCCGAUGAAGCCGAUGCCUCUCGGAGUCCCUCAACAAUGCGGAUCUUCCGGUAUCACUAACAGGCGCAGGGCAGGACUAGAAAAGGCAAAUUUCUUGCCUCCUAUAGUCCAGCUUUUCUUUUCUUUCUU